AUGCCAGAGUCUGCAAGUCUGAUAGAGGAUAAGAAUGUGAUGAAGCUCAUGGAGGAACUCGUGUACUUGGCCCAUUCAAAUGAUGUUGACGACGAUGAAGAAAUCGGAAUACGGUCUUUCUUAAGUAGGUAUCCUGAGAAGAGUGGAGCAGACCGUGAAGUAGCAGCCAAGUAUCUUGAAAAGAACCAGGAAGUUUCGGAACUUGUUUCAACUUAUAUUCAAGUCGAAAGAAGUUUGUCAAAAGACAAGAAGAAGAAAGACAAACUUGAUCCGCUAAAAGCACUCGAUCAUAAAAAACGGGAAGCAAGCGGGUAUUCCUCCUUCUACGACAAAUAUAAAAGCGACCAAGUUUUGGCUUCCUACGUUCUUGAAUGCAAACGGAUCAGGAGACAUUUGCACGAUAGGUUUGGCAUUUCCAUCCCUAAUGACCAUGUAAUCGGAAGCAGUGAACUAGAAAGGCUGGCCAUGUUACCGUUUAUGAAUGUCUACCUACCGUGGUUGCGCUGCGAUGAAAACUCCGGGAACUGUGAUACGCACUGUGGCGGAGCUGGUCGCAACACAAGGGUACGCCAUUCAAGUGCGAAUAUCCGUCUGCGACCAGAGUAA